GGCUCCGGAAAAUCUCUGAGUCUGUCAGUUGAGAUGGGCUGUGGCGCAUCUUCUCGCUCAUACAAGGAGCCACGAAAGAUCGAGACCAAGUGGUUCCAUGACUUCGCCGGCAAGUUGCCAUCCUUGGAAGGCAAGGUCGUCCUUGUCACGGGCUGUACCUCAGGCACUGGCUUUGUGGCGGCACAGACUAUGGCCAAGAAAGGUGCCCAUGUGGUCAUGUUGAACCGGAAGAGUGGCCGGGCGGAGGAAGCCGAGAAGAAACUCCUGGAAGAAGCACCGGGUUCCAAGGUGACCUCCGUGGAAUGCGAUCUGCAAAGUUUCGAAAGCGUCCGCGGCUGCGCAGAGAAGUUGAAGGCGAUGUUUGGAGACACCGGCAUUGACGUGUUGUGUAACAAUGCUGGCGUCAUGGCGUUGGCGGACGAGGCCACGAAAGAUGGAUAUGAUGUGCAGAUGCAGACCAAUCACCUCUCCCACUUCCUUCUGACCAAAGAGCUCUUUCCAUUGCUGGAGAAAGGAGCUCAAAUGCGGGGCGAGGCGCGAAUUGUGAAUCACUCCUCGGGUGCGCGGGCACAGCCUAACAAAGUACUGGAUGCCAAAUAUCUGGGGAAAAACGGUGGCAAUUUGGGCGGCAAUGGUAGCUCGAUGAUCUUUGGCGGCGCACGUUGGCAGCGGUACCACCAGACCAAAUUGGCCAAUGCAGUCUUCACCCUGGGGCUUGCAGAUCGCCUCACAGCAGCCAACUCCAAGGUAAAAGCCUUGGUCUGUGCUCCGGGACUGGCUUCAACCAACCUGCAGGUGACCACCAACCAGAACGAUGGCAUGAGCGAAACCUGGGUCAUGCGAUAUGCGCAGUCUGCUGAAGAUGGCACCAUGCCAUUGCUCCAGUGCUGCGCUGGUGAAGGCGUAGCCAACGGUGACUUUUACGAACCGACCAAGAAGGCCAUGGGGAUGCGCGCCACCGGGCCACCGGCGAAGUUUGAUUUGGAGAAGAUCUGCACCAAGGAAGAGUCGCGAAAGAUUCUGUGGGAGGAAAGUGAAAAGGCUUGCGGUGUGUUCACCAUCGGCUGAGGUGGCCAUGGACGAAGAUCCAUUGGACCAAUUUCAGCUGGAACUUUGAAUUCUCGCAA